UAAUUUGUUCGUUUGUAGAGAGAGAGAGAGAGAGAAAAAUGACGACAAUGGCGAGGAUGGAGAGAGACGCAAUGGAGACGGUGGCCCCCUAUGCUCCGGUCACUUAUCACCGUCGUGUUCGCGGUGACUUGGAUGACACACUUACUAAACCCUAUUUGCCGAGAGCACUACAAGCACCAGACAUGGAACACCCGCUAGGAACACCAGAGCAUAGACACAAUGGCCUUAGUGUUAUGCAGCAACAUGUAGCUUUCUUCGAUUUGGACGAUAAUGGCAUCAUUUAUCCCUAUGAAACCUUCUCUGGUUUCCAGUUACUCGGUUUCAAUUUACUUGCGUCACUUAUCUUAACGGCUUGUAUCCACAUAGCUCUUAGCUAUGCUACUCUCCCGGGAUGGUUACCGUCUCCAUUUUUCCCUAUAUAUAUGCACAACAUUCACAAGGCAAAGCACGGAAGCGACUCUAAAACAUAUGACAAUGAAGGAAGGUAUACACCAGCAAAUCUUGAGUUGAUGUUUAGCAAAUACGCAAGGACAGUACCAGAUAAGUUGAGUCUUGGAGAACUAUGGGACAUGACGGAAGGAAACCGCGAUGCCUUUGACUUUUUUGGAUGGCUAGCAAGCAAGGUUGAAUGGGGAGUAUUGUAUGUGUUAGCGAGUGAUGAAGAAGGAUUCUUGUCUAAAGAAGCCAUAAGGCGGUGCUUCGAUGGAAGCUUGUUUGAGUAUUGUGCGAGGAACUACGCUGAGAUCAAGGAGUACAAGACGUACUACUGAUCAUCAUCACUUGGAACUAAUGUGGAAAGCACUUAAAUUAAUUCAAUAGUGGUGAUGUAAUGAAGCAAUAAUUUGUAUACGGUGCGUUUGUUUAGUAUGCAUGCAUGUAAAAAUAUAUUCAAUAAAUCAAUAGUGGUUUAUUAUUCA